CUGGGGGGGUGAAGGGGAGCUGAGGAGUACAUCAGGGCAGUCCCUGGCAGGGUCCUGACCAGAAGGCAGUCGUUUCCUGUCCACAGGUCUCCCUGAGUUCUGGGAGGAACUCUUCCCUGCUGCUGGCAGCCUAGCUUACUUGUCCCUCUUGGCCUUCCUCUAACCCCCAAGUCUUUGGCUGGUUGUAGCCCCUUCCCCUAAAGGCAGCAGAAAAGACAGGGCUUAGUAGUUUGGGGAGGAGAUGGGAUGGGAGCUCCCCAGCUGCCUCUCUCAGCGGGCCACAGCAUUCCCGGCCACAGCGUUCCUCGGCCCAGGUCGUGGGGGUAUCAGGGACAAUCUCCAGGCUGCCCUCUCCACCGUUGCUCCUGCUCUCCCAGGAGGCCCAGUGGGGGCCGAGGCGUAGGCCCUUGCCAUGGAGUCCAUGUUUGAAGAUGACAUCAGCAUCCUGACCCAGGAGACACUGGGGCCCAGUGAGGUGUGGCUGGAUGCCCCAGGAGACCCCUCGCUGGGGGGGGACAUGUGCUCCGCCUCCCACUUUGCCCUCAUCACAGCCUAUGGGGACAUCAAGGAGCGACUGGGAGGCCUGGAAAGGGAGAAUGCCACCCUCCGACGCCGUCUCAAAGUCUACGAGAUCAAGUACCCGCUGAUCAACGACUUUGGAGAGGAGCACGGCUUCUCCCUGUAUGAAAUCAAGGAUGGCUCCCUGCUGGAGAUGGAGAAGGUCAGCCUGCAGCAACGGCUCAACCAGUUCCAGCAUGAGUUGCAGAAGAAUAAGGAACAGGAGGAACAGCUUGGGGAGAUGAUCCAGGCUUAUGAGAAACUUUGCGUGGAGAAGAGCGACCUGGAGACCGAGCUGGGGGAGAUGCGGGCCCUGGUGGAGACCCACCUGCGGCAGAUCUGUGGCCUUGAACAGCAGCUACGACAGCAGCAAAGUCUCCGGGACGCCGCCUUCCCCAGCCCCAGCCCCCCGCCCACCCCUGGCCCACCGUGUGCUGAUCUGGACCUGCACUACUUGGCAUUGAGAGGAGGAUCUGGCUUGAGUCAUGGCUGGCCAGGCCCCACAGCCAGUGUGAGUGACCUGGAGCGACAGCGGCUGGAAGAGGCCCUGGAGGCUGCCCAGGGCGAGGCCCGGGGGGCUCAGCUUCGGGAGGAACAGCUCCAGGCUGAGUGCGAGCGGCUGCAGGGGGAGCUGAAGCAGUUGCAAGAGAGCCGGGCCCAGGAUCUCGCCUCCAAUCAGUCAGAGCGGGACAUGGCAUGGGUGAAAAGAGUCGGGGAUGAUCAGGUGAAUUUGGCGCUGGCUUACACGGAGCUGACCGAGGAGCUGGGCCGGCUUCGGGAGCUGAGUUCCUUGCAGGGGAGGAUCUUGAGGACUCUGCUGCAGGAGCAGGCCCGGAGUGGCGGCCAGAGGCACUCGCCGCUGUCGCAGCGCCACUCCCCGGGCCCCCAGUGCCCCUCGCCCUCCCCGCCCGCGCGCGCCGCGCCCCCCUGCCCCCCGUGCCAGUCCCCCGCCCCCCAGCGCCGCUCCCCCGGGCCGCCGUGCCCCUCACCCCAGCAGCGCCGCUCGCCCGCCUCGCCCUCCUGCCCGUCGCCCGUCCCGCAGCGCCGCUCGCCGGUGCCGCCGCCCUGCCAGCCCCCCAGCCCGCAGCGCCGCUCCCCGGGGCCCCCCGCCUGCCCGGCCCCGCAGCCGCGGCCCCCGCCGCCCCCGCCGCCGGGCGACCGGACGCCGGCCGAGCGCGCCUACGCCAAGCCGCCCAGCCACCACGUGAAGGCGGGCUUCCAGGGCCGGCGCAGCUACUCGGAGCUGGCGGAGGGCGCGGCCUACGCGGGCGCCCCCCCGCCCUGGCUGCAGGCCGAGGCCGCCACGCUGCCCAAGCCGCGGGCCUACGGCGAGCUCUACGGGCCCGGCCGGCCGCUCAGCCCGCGGCGCGCCUUCGAGGGCAUCCGGCUGCGCUUCGAGAAGCAGCCGUCGGAGGAGGAGGAGUGGGCCGUGCCCGCCAGCCCGCCCAGCCCCGAGGCGGGCGCCAUCCGCUGCGCCUCCUUCUGCGCGGGCUUCCCCAUCCCCGAGGCGCCGGCCGCCGCCUACGCCCACGCCGAGCACGCGCAGUCCUGGCCGUCCAUCAACCUGCUGAUGGAGACAGUGGGCUCUGAUAUCCGCAGCUGCCCCCUCUGCCAGCUAGGUUUCCCCGUCGGGUACCCAGAUGAUGCCCUCAUCAAACACAUUGACUCCCACCUGGAGAACAGCAAGAUCUAGGGUGCCUCGCCCACCCACUGGCUGUUUCUUCAUCUUCUCUCAUCACCCCCAAACACUCACUUUGAAUGCUGCAUGAAUCUCGUGGGGGGCCCCUGCCCCUUGCGACCCCCAGAUACCUCCACUAGCUACUGAGUCCAUGUGUGUGCCGUCUUCCCUGGUCUAGGCACCACUCAGCCCUGGCUCUUCCUGGAAGGCCAGCCGAGGCUCUCCCCAGCUCCCUACCUUCUGCUGGGGAGGUAGGGAUCUGGGCUGGGAUGGGGAGGGGCCUACCCCACCCAGCCUCUCCCUCUGCCUUUCUGUUCUCAAGACAGGGUUGGAUCCAAGAAGAUGUCUAGUGCUUGGGCCCAGGGGAGGGGGAGGGUGUCAGAGGACUCUGGGCGCUCCCCCAGCCUCUCCCCAGAUGUCCAUCUUCCUCAGGCUGUGCUCUGUCCAGGGAGUGCCUCCCUGUGGGGGCCCGGAGCCUGCCUUGUACACUGAUACCGGUUCCUCCAUCCCAUGGCCAGCUUGGGGCUCUUGGCACAGGGCCCCUUUCGGGGAAGGAGGCAUCUUGUUUCUGGCCAUUGCCUGCAGGCCUGUCCUGUUCUCCUCAUGCUCUGCUCCUCUGGGGAAUAGGGAGGGUGGGAGUGGAGAGGGAGGACCCUGCAGGACUGGGAGGAUUCAGCCUGCAGAGGCUGCCCUGAGGGCAGGGGGCACGGGGGACACCCUGCACCAUGACCCCCAGGCCAGGGCAGUAUCUGUGCCAGCCUCCCAGGUCCCCACAUCCCCCUAGCACCAGGACACAGAUUGUUAAGACAGAUGCCCCCCUCCACCCUUACCCUAGUCGGGUCCCUGAUACCACAGGUGACACCACGGGUGCCCUGGAGCCCGUGUGUGACUCGGCCUCUGUUAUUUGGGUGGGUGUCAUCAGCCCUGCCUCCCAGGCCAGAACCUGCUGAUGGACCCAGGGUGCUGUUGGAGAUCAACUUCAAAAGAGCUAACCCCUUUUCCAUCCCCUAGUGACCCACAUUCCCUCUGUGAAAUCUACCUCAGAGUUGUACCCUCAGAAGGAUGGGUAAGCAGGAGGCCAGGGGGUCCCCAGGGCUGAGGUGGGGAGCUUCCUGCGGCAAGAGCCUGCUGCCCCACGAUGAAUCCAACCUCCCCCCCACCACUACCACCACUGCGAGCAUCUCCCAGGUCUCAGCCCCGGGCCGGUGGCAGUGGGCGCUACUGUCAGUGCAUGUCCCAUUCUGAUCCAACACUUCCAGGCCCCCCUCCCCCACCUCCUCACACCCCUCCCUUCCUCCUCAGCGCAGGGGAGUGAAGAGGUGUGUCAGGCAGGAAGGGGCCAAGGGACUCCAGAGACACAUGGCAUUGUACCUUGAGUGUCCCCCUAGGGUGGGGGAAGGGGCCUGGAGAGGGAGGUGGGGGCCCCUGAGCUCUCUGAACAAGUUGAAAUCCAAAUAAAACUUACCUGUUCCAUCUGC